AUGCACACGUUACCCCGUCUUUCUCCCUGUCUCUCUCUCUCACACACACACACAAACGUGUCACCUCUCUUAAGUAAAAUGCAAACAGAAUAUAAAGAAAACAAAAGCCUCUUUCCCAUCUCAGGCCGAGCUGGAGUCAAGGGAAGCAGCUUCAACCCAUGGCAGUCAGCCGGCCCUCCUUCCACCCUUCUGCUCUCAGAGAUGUCAGCUUUUGCUUUGGGCAGAAAGGCAGCCCCUGCAACCCUGAGAGCUCAGCUGGUGUGGGGGUGUGGGGAAGGCUGGGCUGCCUGGCUUCCUAUGCUGGCCAAGGUGCAGGCAUCUCUCUCUGGAGCUGAUCCCUCAGGCAAGGAAAGGAUGGUGUCUUUGCUCUCCAUCUACAAACCAGACAGAGGAAAGAGUGGAGGCCAAUCCAUGGGCCAAAGCCAGCAGAAACUUCGUUUUGUCUGA